AAGUCCCUUCCAACUUCUCUCUCUCUCUCUCUCUCUCUCUCUCCAUUUGUCAAGAAGAAGCAGAAGGAACAGCUAAAGCUGCUGCUUCCGUUCACGAGCGAGAGCAAUGAACUACCAGGGCUUGCCUCCUCUGAAACGAUUCGCUCUCUUGCAAUGGAGGCAUAAUCAAGAGAACACGGACCCCGCGUCGAAUUCUCUUCCACUUCCCGCGAAGAAACGCAAGGAGUCUCGCCACUUGACUCCACUUUCUUCGGAUCUCGUGGCCCGCACCACUACCUAUUGCUUGCCUACGAAGAAGAGAGUGUGGGCUCUGGACCCAGAUCUGGAGCCCCUUUUGCCUCUCGACCUCAAUGCCGAGUACAAGCCUUGUUUUCUCGAAGUUGGAUCCGAAGCAGAGAAGGAGAGAGCUUCCAAAACCAAGAAAAUCAAUGAAGAAGAAGAUGGGGAAAAGGAGCAGCCUUUGGUUUUGGAUCCUAACACUCAAGAAGUAGUGACGAUCGGCAAUCAAGAAGACCAAGAGAGAAAUGGUAAUGGCAAAGACGAGGAGGAGGACGGGAUCGUAUGUGCUAUAUGUCAAAGUACGGACGGAGACCCGGAAGACCCGAUCGUGUUCUGUGACGGUUGCGAUCUGAUGGCGCACACCACUUGCUAUGGGAACCCUCUUGCGAAGGGUGUUCCGGAAGGCGACUGGUUCUGCAAUCAAUGCUUGGUUUCUAAUACUUCUAAAAGCAGAGUCGAGUCCUUUUCUUGUUGUUUGUGUCCAAACAGUGGAGGUGCUUUGAAGUCCACCGUCGAGGGCUCGUGGGCUCAUGUUGUUUGCGCCCUGCUUGUCCCCGAGGUCUUCUUCGAGGACCCAGAAGGGAGGGAUUCGAUCAAUUGUUCUAAGGUUCCAAAGAAGAGGUGGGAGAAGAAGUGCUAUGUUUGCCAAGACACAAACGGGUGUGCCGUUGAUUGCUCUGAGCCUAAAUGUCCUUUGGCUUUUCAUGUUACUUGUGGGUUGAGUCAGGAUCUUUGCAUUGAGUACCGAGAAGGGAAGAGGAAUGCUGCCAUCGUUGCUGGUUUUUGCAAGAACCACACCGAAUUGUGGAAAAAGCAAGAACGGACAGGAAAGUUCAAGAUUGUAGCUAGGGAAGACCAGCGCUAGAGGGACCUGGAGCAAUCAAGUUAAAUGUUGCGGCAGCUUUGAUUGUCUUGCAUUGCAAAUUUGGCGAAAUGAGAUUUUCCGCACUGGAAAAGUUAGUUUGUCGUUUUGUAGGUUCUGUUAUGUGUUUUGACUCAUUAAUCGCUGUAGUCUAAUGCUUGAAUAACUGGUAAAUGAUUCGUAAUCCUUUGCUCAGUGCUUCUUGUUGUCAAGCUAAGCUGAAUGAAAUUUCUUUCUUCAGCAAUUCAGCUUCCAUUUUAGAUGCAUUUGGCUGGUGGUGCAGUGAAGUCUUUUUUAGCUGUCAGCC